AUGGACGACUACCCGGCGUUUAGCCUGGACCAUAACAUCCCGUGCAUCACCCUGUUUGGCCUGUCGCCGCCCUCGACCCCACCGCCCGCCUUCCCCUCCGAUCUCAAGGAACAAGGCGUCCUGCUCCGCUCCGAGGUUUCCUACGUCGAAACCAAGCAUGGCGCGGCACUGCUCGAGUACAUCCAGGGGCGCGAUGCUUCCAAGCUCCCAUGGAACGCCACGCCCGGCGCGAGAGGGUACAGGUUCAGGGUUAAGACUUGCGGCGGCACAUUCAUGCUUCCCCCGCGGCGCGCCAGGCUGCCCGAUCAUAUCAAUGCUUCGGAGCCGCGGGGGGCUUUCCACUCGCCCUUCUCGCCGCUAAGUCCGUCCUGCCGCCUAUAUCCGGAUGGCUUCAUCGACAACCGGUGGCUGGAGAAGCAGCAGGAGCUUCUCCCGAGCGUCUUUCUAUGCUUCUAUAACCUCACCUCGGACCUGACGCUCGCUACGCUGCACGAUAAUCAAAUCAAGACUGAUAUCAGCUCCAUGCGCAACACGCUCUUGCAGCAAGGCUACAAGUCCAAAAUCAUGGUUGUCAUUCUGAGCGACCUGCGCACCGCCUCGCUUGACAGUACACGAGACCGUCUUGACAACAUUAGGAAGGGCUGCGCCCUCGACUCCAAGUCAUUCUUAUUCAUGCCCUCGGCCUACUCAACCGAGGAGUUCAAGAAGCAGGCGGAUAGUCUUCUGAUCGCUGUCUAUGGCCAUGCUGUAGAGCACUACCGGGAUCUGGGCCGCCGUGCAAGGAAGAAGAAAGGGCGCGGCGUGGUACCGCAGCCGACGGUGCCGCCGACCUCUGGCACCUCGCAAACCCUCUCCCUGCCAGGAUGGAACGUGCGGUACGACUUCAAGUCGGCCGUCUUUGCCGAGUUCCGCCAGGAGAUGGACCAGGCACUACGGUCCUUUGAGCAGGCAUACGAUACCCUCACCGGAGCCGACGUGCUCGAUAUCAUCCCCAGCUGGAGUCCGCGGUGGAACGAAGCCCGGCAGCUCGCCGAUAUUAUCAGUAUCCGCUGUCUGCGCUGCCUGCUCUGGGCUGGCCAGACCAGCGCGGCAGUGCGCCGCUGGCAGGCGCAUCGAGACAGAAUUAGCGACCUAAUCGAUCGCAGGGGGCGGGGGACUGAAAACUAUGGGUGGGCUGCAUGGGAGGCCCGCUGGGCAAUCGUAAUGGCCGAGCUCAUCGAGAAGGCCCAAAUCACCGACCUCUCAACCGCAUCCCCCAACUUGUUUCUCCAGCCCGAGAAAGCGUCCAUGGGAAUCCGACUACAGCCCUGGGAGUUCUUACACCAUCCAGGAUAUUGGUACAAGGCUGCGUCACAGCACCUGUACGCUCGCCGCGCUUUUGCCCUGAAAAUGCCCGAGGAAGACCGGGAGAGGCCUGGCAACUCCCCAGCAGCAAGGGUCGCACACAAAGCCUUCACAUACGACACUUACAUGUGUCCGGAGCCGCAUGAAGAAUACCCCCUUCCAAACGCCGGCAACGGAGUGAACCACUCGCAGUUGAUAGCCCAGUGCCUUGAUGCUGCCAGGGUUGAGUUCCAGAGGCGCGGUCAGACUCGGCUCUGUGCCGAAGUGACGCUCCAGCUAGCCAAGGAAUUUGCCUCGUCGCACAAAUGGCAGUCUGCAGUGGACCUCUUGAAGCCCAUGUGGCUAGAUAUGUCCUUUAGAGCGGAGGGCUGGUUAGACAUCACCCAGGAGCUGGCAUGGCUGCUCCGUUCUGCUGCCCGGCCGGUCCAAGAUGCCGAGCUGCUAAUAUCAGUCGAGUGGGAGCUGCUAAACAAGAAGUACCAAGAGCGGCCGAAGUGGGAAUACGAUCUCUCAAAAAUCCUCGACGGUGUUUCGGCUAGCGAAAAGCCUGUCGUUGAUAUCAUCGACGAGUCGAGUCUCCCGCUCCUCUCGAGCUCGUUCGUUUUCAGAAGCGAGGAGGGAAACGCCGGCCGGACAGCUCGAGGCCAGCUCUCCAUCACCUCCAACGCGCAGCCGUCGUCUGCGCCAAUAGUCCUAAGUGGUAUUCAAAUCACAUUCGAUGGGAGCAUCAAGACGAUACAUCUGAAGCACGACACCGCACAGGCCAAAAAGCGCCAGUGCGGCAAAGCAACAGUCUCGGACGUUAGUUUGCAGGAGCAAUCCGUAGAAGCACUAAGAGGUGACGACCCGGGCAAAGAGAAAACCACCCCAGCUGCUGUCUCCGUCCUGCUUGGGAGUUGCGAUCUCACACUACCCCCCGGACAAACCGUGGUUUAUGAGAUGGACGUCCCGCUCCGAGAACCAGGCGACGCAAAGGCCCUAGCAACGACACUUUCAGUGGCCAAUGACAUAUUCAGCCUGGAUUAUGAAGUGCCGUGCAAAGACACUAGUGUUGCGGGGAUCUGGCACGCACCGGUCAGGCCAAGGAAGAUCCCGCGGGCAAACUCGCACUCGAUCCGGAUCCUUCCCCGACCACCAAACGUGGAGAUCAAGGUGAAAAAUGCCAUGGAGCAGUACUAUUCAAACGAGGCGAUCGAACUGGAGCUUGAGAUCGUCAACGCCGAGGAUGCAUCUGCAGAGCUCCGGCUUAAUGUGAUCAUCACCGGCGAAGAGCCUCCCGAUUUCCGGCUGGCAGCUGGAGACGAGGAGUCGGCGGUGGCAGAACCGGACACAGCAGGGGAAUCUAAGGAGAUGAUGAUUCCUCUUGGCGCAGUCGCUGCGGCAGACUCUACCCGGGUCACCGUCCAUAUCAGCGCGGUCGAUUUCCCGGCAUCAUUUGACGUGACGUUUGUGGCAUCGUACCACCUGCUUACCGAUCCCGCGACGCCCAUCAUCCAGACCGAAGACUUCAAGCUCACAUUGGUCAACCCGUUUGAGGCAAAUUAUGACCUCCUCCCCCGGCUUCACCCAGACCCCUGGCCGAGCGUCUUCGACCACGAAGGCGUGCAGGGCCUGUUUGUCGAUGACAGCUCGUACGUCCAACCCCGCGGACUCUUCCAAACCUGGUGCCUCGUCACGCGGUACGCGUCAUUCGCGUCCGAGGACCUCGUUGUCGUGAGCGUCGAUGUCUCGAUCGCGCCAACUUUGGGAGUGCAGACCAGGGCGUCGGGGAAACAGAUGCUGCCCGAUGGUGGCCGUACCGUCAAACCCAAGACCAUAGAGGAGGCCCAGUUCGACAUCACAGCCCAGAAGUACAGCCUAGACGAGCGAGAUCCCGUCAACCUCGACGUCUCGUUCAUUAUCAACUGGCGCCGAGCCGACGACCAAGAGUCGCGGGCCAACAAGACAACCCUGCCCGUGCCUCGCCUGGACAUAUUCGGGCCCGAGCCCCGCGUCCUCGCGUCCGUGUCGUACGCCAGGGCGGGCGGCGACCGGGCCCAGCUGGGGCUGGCGCACCUGCACAUCACCAUCGAGAACCCGUCGAGCCACUUCUUGACCUUUGGCACCAACAUGGAGCCCAGCGACGACUUUGCCUUCUCGGGCUCCAAGACGGCCACCCUCCACCUCCUGCCCUGCUCCCGGCGGGUCGUGACGUACUCCAUCCUGCCGCUGGUCAGGGGCGCCUGGGUCCGCCCGAGCCUGACGGUGCGGGACAAGUACUUUCAAAAGGUGCUUAGGGUCAUCCCGACCGAGGGCAUGAAGCUCGACAAAGAGGGCUUCCUCAUCUGGAUACCUGCACCGGAGGAACAGGCGGUGGAGGGUGAGGAAGGCGAGGACGACGAGGAUGAGGAAGACGAGGAAGAUGGUGAUGAUGAUGACGACGAUGACGAAGAAGAGGAGGAAUAA